UGAGAAUGCGCUACAAUAUUAUAUCGAAGCUUUGCGAGAAAUGUCGGAUUUUUAUUGAUUUCAGUAUGAAGUGAUUAUCAUUUCGUUAUAAGAUACUGAUAAUAACUUUUUGAUAAAUGGAAAUAUGUAGUGAUUUAAAUUUAGUAAGCGUAAAAUUCAGGGAUAAUUAGUGCAAAAUGGUUAGUCACGCUGGAGAUUAUGUGUGUGUUGGAGAUUAUAUAGCUCUAUAUUCUGUGGAAACAGAAGGAUAUGUUUAUAGUUUACAGUCCAGUUCUAGCCACAGUGGAUUGUUCAUCUACCAGAAUCAGGAUAGGGAUAGACCGACGAAAAUUCCCAAUCCCCAUGUGGUAGUAUUUCAAGUAUGCAUACAGAACAGGUAUAAGCUCAAUAAAAAAUACAGAAAAUGGCUGGCUCAAGCGUCUGGUGAUAAUAAAGUAGAGGACAAGGGUCUACUUGCACAGGCUAAGUUGGCUGCAGAAGCUGAGAAUGCUGAUAAUAAUGCUGAACAGAAACGUCAACUGGGAAAGAAAGUUCGAUAUGGAGAGAUCGUACAGCUGAAACAUGUGUUUACCAACAAAUAUAUACACAUGUGUACGUCACAGACCAGCCAAAAGGAUAAAAAUAAUAUGAUGAUAAUGUUACAAGAUUUCAAUGCCAAAAAUGCACAAUUCCGUAUCUUGCCACAAUAUAAAGUAAAAUCUGAAGGAGAAGUUGUACAAAUCUAUGAUCAGAUCGUGUUUGAAAGCAUAAAGUCUCCUGGCCAUUAUUUUCAUGGGAGUCAACCUUAUCAUAUUGACUUAAAUACCUUUGGGUCUGAAUUAAACUUGGGUGUAGAGAGGUCAGGGUUUACAUUAGUCAGGUUUUGUAAAGAAAAUCCAGAAAUCGAUCUAUUUGUUAAGGGCGGUUGUGUUAUACGCUUAUUUCAUAAAGAACUUGAAGCAUAUCUAGUUGCUGAAGGGUUAUUUGAUGAAGACGUUACUGAAGAUGUACAUUUUCGGAUCCGUGUCAUGGAUCAACAUAAACCACGGACAUUAUCACCGCCAUCAUCUGGUAAUACAUUUUGGCAGAUUGAAUGCGAAAACGGUAUACUAAAUGGUGAUGUUAUCCGAUGGGAACAACAAGUUCGUCUACGCCACAUGACUAUACGGAAAUAUCUCCGAGUAGAUGCUAAUCGGGAAAUAACUUUAACGGACGAUAACGAAGAUCCCCGAACAGUUUUCCGACUUCACUCCGUAUUAAGUGAAAGGGAUGAGAUCCAUUUUGAAAGUUAUGCCAGAAUUGAACAUGUUUUGACUGGAUUUUGGCUGCAUGCCUUAAAAGAUGAGGAUUACAUUCGCAAACAGUUUCGCCAUAUUGAUGACAGCACAGAUCAGAGUAUGCGUGGGUUACGGUGGGACACGGCGCAGGUUCGACAGGUGGCAGCUAGCGGCGAGAGUAUGUAUGAUGAUGCUUUUACUAUACAGUUUGUAGAAAAACAGUUUGUUGAUGAUUUUAAUUAUGUCUCAGGAAUGGUUCCCUGUCUCUUGUCUUUAAUACAUGAUCGUGCCGAGGGUCAUAUUUUAAAUGCCAAGAAAACCCACCAAACUCUAACAGCCAUGGAGGAAUUGCGGAAGUUUAUGUAUGUUGGUGGUUUAACCAGUAAAAAUCGCCAAAAACUGAUGAGAAAUUUACGGGUUAUAGAUCUCUUGGUAAAGAUAUUACAAUGUCAUCUAGAUGGUGUCCCUGAUGAAGCUAAUCUAAUACAAGUAUUUAAAGAAGCUUAUGAUACCUUGUAUACCUAUAUGAUAGGUAAAAGUAGGAAGAACGCUCUUUAUUUUGCCAAAUACAUUGACUUCUUCCAAACUCAGUUUACUCAAAAGGGAGGAAUUGGUUUGAACGUGGCGCAGAUGAUAGUAGAAUUAAUACGAGACAAACGUAAGAUUGUAGAUCGUAUAACUCAUUCACAGAUUGAUGAAUUCGUUUCACUUCUACAAACAUCUCAGAAUUAUAGAUUUCUUGAUCUCCUUCAUGUUCUGUGUGUUUGUGACGAUGUUGCUAUUCCGAACAACCAGUCAUACAUUGUUAAACGGUGGCUCCAAUGUGAAAAGAAAGGUGUCUAUUUAACUGCACGUGGACAGGAUAUAAACAGACAACCUAAUAUUCUCUAUAUAUCAACAACUAAUGGUAAAGACUGGAUGGCUUUACACGAAUUCGUCGACGAAGCCAAUCCGUAUUAUAACAAAGACCAGCAUGAAUUUUUGAUACACCAGUUGGAUUUAUAUAAAGCUCUUAGUUAUGGAAGAAAUGACUAUGCAUCAAAUAUAAUCACUAAAGAAUUACGUUAUUUAACGUGGGAAGAAACGUUUCUAUCAUUAAGGUCUGAUAUUUUACCUGAUGCUAUUAGAGCCAAAUAUUGUGAUCUUACUACAAGUUUGUUUGUGGAUGUUGGUAAUAACUACUCGGUACUAGAUCACCCUAACAUCUGCUUCGUUUACGAUUAUGUCGGUUCUAAAGAUGAAGAAAAAAGCCAGGGGGACUUUGUUAUUAAAGAAUUGGUGGCCAUCUUUCCAGUAUUACGAGAUUGGAUUGCCGAGUUUUUACGAGAUAAUAGUUUUAUGAUAGCCUGUAAUAUUGGUCAUAACAUGUUGAUAGAACAGGUUUUACGAUUGUUGUAUCAUUUGGUUAAGUUUGGAUACUAUCUUGAUGCUGAGGAUGUACGAAACCUAUUGCCGCCUUUACUUAAUCUUCUAGAUGGUAGACACGAUUAUCCUUUUCCCCAAGACAAAGAAAAAGGUUAUUCUAAAGAUGCCAUGAAGUGUGUUUUACAAUAUCAACAAGUAGAUAGAUACUUAAUUAGUCCAGAAACAUUGGCUAUCGUCAAUGCUAAAUUCCAGGCUUUGGAAGUAUUAGAUCUUUUAUUAACAUAUCAAAGGAACUCUCGGCUGCAGAGUUUCGUGGGUAAAUUUAAAAUAGCAGAACAAUCCUGUAAUCAAAAGAGACAGAACGUACUGGCUCCUUUGUUAUAUGAUACCUUUAACCCUCAUGAACAAACAAAGAAAGCCUUAAAGAAACAACGACAAGUUAUAAAAGAGUUGCGAGACAUGUUCAAUGCAUCCGCCAUAUUUGAUGUUGAAUUAUUAACAAAGAUAUUAAUGGAUUUAAACCAGUAUAAAUACAACAAACUUAUCACCAAGUCACUGAAUAUAUUAAAUAAAGUUUAUUCAUCUAAGACGAACAUGUUUAAAUUAUCUACUAAAGCUGUGGUUUUACUUACUCAAGAUUCGGCACGAGUUCAUAGAGAGGUAUUAAAAAAUAUGCCUCUAUUGAGGAGGUUAGCUAGAGCUAAAUUAGAUGAUCAACAAGUAAAACUGAUGGGAGGAAUACUUGAUGAUUUGGCUGAGUUCUGCCAUUUGCCCAUGACGCCAGAUGAACCUCAUCCAAUGAAUCAAAAUAUUUUAAUAAGUAACGGAAUCUUGCACAUACUUUUUGAUAUUCUUGUGCAAGAUAUCGAUAUCAAAUUAUUCGAACAAUAUGCUGGCAUGAAUGCUGUCUUUAAGAAAACGCUCUACCUUCUAAAGUUACUAGCAAGAGAGAACGACAAGGUUCAACACCAUAUAUUUGAGAGACUGGAUGUUUUACUUGAAGUUCGUGUUGUUGAGUCAGAUCUUGCUAUAGCCUUAAGGGAGGUGUUUUCUGGAAACCAGAAUACCUGUCUAAAGAUCAAUCCACGACAGAUUCAGAAAGUUGUGAAUCGAGCAGCAGAGUUACAGGAACGCGGUCCAGAGUUUCUGGAUCUUCUAGGAAUGAUUGUUAAAGUGACAGGAACUGGUCUAACAUUAAAGAGAAAUCAAGCAUAUGUGAUGAAAUACAUCAUGCAGAAUUAUAAAAAGGUUGCAUUUGUGCUGGACACAAAUCGCGAGGAUAGAGAGAUAAUAUUAACUAACCCUGAUCGGGUAUCAACAUUAAGAUAUCUUCUCAGUUUAUUAGAUCUGUUGGCUGCAUGUGCUGAGGGAGAAAAUAUGUUUAUCGAGUCCCUGUGUCAAACGAUUUUACCCAUGGAAGAUUUGUUAUGGGUUCUUAACAAUCCUGUGGUUGAUAAUCACCUAAAGAAACCCUUUCUUCGUUGUUUACAUCAUGUAUAUAUGAAAAGUAAUGGUGCCACUGUGGAUGUUAGUACCAGUGAAAUACCUCAUGAUAGUGAUUUAUGGGAUUACCUGACCUCUCUAGUAACAGAGAUAAAUAAGGUUACAGAUACAGCUAAAGAAGAUCCAGAUAAAUUGGCUGCUAAUCUGAAAUCACCACCAGAAAAGGGUGGACAUAAUUUCCUCCAUGCUGAAGAUGUUGACACAUCUAUUUAUGGAACCGUCUUAUAUAUAUUGGAGGGAUCUUUUCCUUUUCUUGAGACGUUUUUCCGAGAGUUUUAUUUCCCAGAUAACACUGCUAAUAGUAAUGAGUUAGAAAUAACAGACCAACUCGCUAAAGCUGUUCUUAUGUUUAGUGAAAUUGUUGGACCAUUAUUAUAUAAACCUAUUCAUAUGAAGAACAUGGUAAAUUGCCUUACUGUUAUUGUUCCUGCUUCAAAUUUACCAAAUUCUAGCCUAGAGAAUGUUUUAGAGAGAUUUGGAUCUGGUAUAACUGUUGAGGACACAUCAAGUGCCAUACGAAGAGGAAAUAUAGAAUAUUAUGCAGACGAAGUCGAACUCAACGCCAAAUUUCGAACGUAUGCAAAAAGUUCAGCUGUAGUGUUUGCAGGACAUAACAGUGUUAACGCGCAGCUUAGAAUUAAAUCUAAAAGGGAAUAUACUAUUAUUGCUGGUGAUGAGGAAUUGCCUCUUGGAGAUGAAUUUCAGAGUUUGGUGAAAUGCUUUGUUCAUUCUAAUGAAAAAAAACCUAUUAAAAAAGUAGAAACAGCUGCUAAACUCAUAGAGCAACUCGAUAUAAGUCAGGAAUGUAAGAGAUUAUCCGAAACAGCAAGACAAGAAAUGGAUGAAUUAAAUAUAAAAUGUUUACAAGUUUUACGAGCUAUAAUUCACAAUGAAGAAAGGAAAUUACCAGAAGAUUGGGAAACAAGAACAUCUGAAAUAAAAAUACAACAACAACUCAAAAUGAUAUCCACCAUACAGAAUUUCUACGAUGCCAGGGGUUCUAUGAAUAAAUCUCUACCUCAUUUAGCUUCAAGAAACGAUGAAAUAGCUAAAGAAGUUUUAGCUUUCUUGUGCAUAAUGUUAUUUAAUGCUAAUGCUGUGGUCCAAUCCUCUAUGUUAAAAUAUUUUUUAUCAACACGAGAAGAAGUGUUCUUCAUGGCAGUUAGAGACAGGAUGGCAUUAUCAACAAAUUCUAUAAAAGAGAAACGAUCGUUACAAGCGCAACAAGACGCUAAACUGAAAGACUCCCCAGAAGGUAAAAAAGCUGUCAGUACUACAUUUGCUGUGAGUUUGGCAGCUUUAAAGCAAAUCCAAGCCUAUGAAGAUGCUUUACGUCAACAAAGGCUUGGAGGCUGGUCCAAGAGGAAAGGUUCCGAGACCGGGAAAUCAAAGAAGAAAAUCAAGAAACCGAAAGAACCUAAAAAGAAAAAAGACCCAAAGAAAGGAAAGAAAGAAACACAAGCUAAUGGUUUGAAGAAAGAAGUGAAUUUCUCUAAUCCACUAGUUAUAAAAGAAGAUCAAGCUCUAAUAGAACCACCAGCUGAUCACGAGCUAGAAAUAGCUGUUCAGAUAGAAAUUGAACCUGAACAGGAGGCGCAGCCUGUAGAUGAGGGUAAUAAUGCACUAGAAUAUAGAAAUGAUGGUUAUAUAGAACUAGUACUUAAAGUCAUGGCUAGGAUGUGUGAUGGCCAGAAUAAACAACUUCAGGAUUACUUAAGAGAACAGCCAGAUAAUGUUAAGUCAUUUGAUAUUAUCGCUGAGGUUACUCGUUUCCUGAAUGUAGUUUACUCCAACAUUACUGGCAAAAACAUCGAUUUAGUUAUACAAUUGUUUGAGACGAUGAAUGAAUUCACAGCGGGUAAUCAAGAAAACCGCGUUGUGAUCUAUGAUAAUAAAAUCAUAGAUUAUAUUAAUUUUAUCAUGCGUGCAGCUGACUUUGCUAACUGUACAACUGAUAAGAUUCUAUCCCUUAGGCAGAGUAUAGCCAACUUAAUCAUGUCUUUAAUAGAGGAAAAUGGCGAAGGACCUUCACAAGUAGCAAUAGAAGUAAAAGAUACAUUAGAUAAGAAAGCAGUGGUUGCACUAAUGACUGAAUGUUAUGAAAUGCAUCAACCAGAUAAAAACAGAAAAGAAGAUAUGAAACUUGCUAUGAUGUCAGCAGGGGGGGGUUCGGCCAGUUACUUAGCAACAGCGAAAUCGUUCGCUCUUGCUGGAGGGAGUUUUCUUCACGGUGUGGUGAAGAAACAAAGAGAAGAGUUCUCGGAUGAGUAUAUGGAUGUUGGAUUUAGUUUAUAUUUAUUACUCAACAGAAUGCUAGAUAUAGAUGUUAAACUUUUAGAAACAUUAAAACUAACUCCGUUACAGCAGAAAGCUUUUAAUUUUUAUAAGAAGAAUUCUAUGUCUAUAGAGAUAGUAAAAGAAGAUGUUCUACAGAAGAUAAACUUCAGAGUGAAGAAUAAGCGUGUGUUAAGAGAAGAGGUGAAAGAAAAAUUGAAAUGGAGUGUUGAUAGAUCGUCGCCUAGCAACAAAAUACGGGAUCUUAUGGCAUGGACUAAAGAUAUCAUGAAAGAUAUUGCUUAUCAACAACGAAUUUUGAGUAAUUUUAUUGCAAUAUGUCUGACAAAAGGAUGGCUGUUAUGGAACCAUGCAGUAACUAUAUUAAGUUUUGCUAUCAAUACCUUAAUGCUAGUUACCUGGAAGGCUAAGGCGUCAUUGGAGACGCCGGGUAUAAUGGAUAAUACGACAGGUAUACCACUAUCAGUAUUGGAUCCAGUACCAUCUAUUAUCAAUUUGGGUAAGACUAAUUAUGAGAUAGCGCUGAAGACAAUGGGAGGUACACAUAAUAUUCUGGCGUUAUUGGUACUCAUCAGUUAUUUUGUAUGUAAUCACCCUAGACUUCCUGAUUUUAAGAGUAUAAUCACAUCAUGCAGAAAUCGUUUAAAGAAGAAAUCAGAUGAUGAUGAUCUAGAUGACAGAAAGAAAGUUCAUCAGUCAAAAUUAGAUGCCCAGUUUUUUAGUUUUACAACAUUUUAUUAUGUGAUGUUUCUUGGUCUAUCAAUCGGAGGAACAUUUACCAGUGGUUAUUUUUUUGCCUUCCAUCUGUUAAAUAUUGUUAAUAAUAAUCAGUUAUUGAGUGGAGUUAUAAAGGCUGUAACUCAAAAUGGUAAAUCAUUGCUAUGGGUAGCAGUGUUAGGUCUGGUAGUAUUCUAUCUAUAUGGUAUAAUAGGCUUUGCAUUGAUGAGGAGUAUGUUUGAUCCUAAUGAGUAUCUAUACUGUAAUACAUUAUGGCAAUGUACAAUAACUGUUAUAAGAUAUGGUCUUAUUGGUGAUCUUUUUGAGGUAAUGAAUCCACAUGACAAUGAGAAAACAUUUGAGAAGUUUGGCUUUGUUGUUAUAUAUCAUGUGUCUUUCUUUAUAUUUAUCACCACCAUUGGUCUAAACAUUAUAUUUGGUAUCAUUGUUGAUACUUUCUCAGAACUCAGAGAUUUAAAGUGGACAGCUGAAUCAGAUAUGAGAGAUACAUGUUUUAUUUGUAGCAGAAACAGUUAUGAUUUCGAACAUCAUGGAAAGGGUUUUGAUCAUCAUGUACGGCAUGAACAUAAUAUGUGGGCGUAUAUAUUUUGCUUUAUUCACCUGAAUGGUACAAAGGUCAAUGAUUAUACAGCUUUAGAAAUGUAUGUUUAUAAACUGCUUCAAAAAGAAAAUUUUGAUUUUUUUCCACUGGACAGAGCGUUAUCUCUGUCAGCAAUGGGUAAAGAUUCAACCGAGUCUAAACUAGAUGAUCUCUUAUAUCAAGUUACAACAAUAGUAGAAAAACAAAGAGUAGAGGAGCUAGAGAAGAAACGGCGCGAAGAACGUAUGCGUCAAAAGAUAUGGGAACAGAAACAUCGUUUAGGAUCAUUCAGGCGUCGUGCACGUCUGCCUGGUCCAACUGAACCAGAUCCUUUGAUGCAGCUUCAGGGAGCAUCGGGUCAAUUAGAUGACACUAAUCGAUUAUUACAGCUCAGUCCCUUGGCCCAACUAGCUCAGCUUGGGCAACAAGUGGCUCGUCGUGCUAGCCAAUCAGCAGAACAUAGAGACAUUGGUUCCACAUUGAGACAACACAGUAUCUCAUCUCAACAUGGAAGACAUCCACGAGGUGGUGGUGGUGGUGGGAGUCCACUUCGACAUGAUUCCAUCGAUCAAAGAUAUUUCCGUGGUGCAAGUCCCUCGCGUUAUGAUGAAGAACCUUUUCCUCGUAAUCUAAGUCCAGUUCGUUAUGAAGAUAGAACACGAAGUCCAUCAAGAUCUCGACACGGAAGUGAACCCGACUUAAUGGGGCUUAGUCCUGUACAUACAAGACGUGAACCAUCUAGAGAUUAUGGAAUGUUGAGUCCCAAAUGGGUUGAAAGUCGGGCAGCUAGUCCCCGAGGAGCAUCGAUUUUCUUCCCGGAUUCUGACUCUUUGUCCGUUCAUAGUUUAAGAGAUGGUCAGCCUAUGGGUCAAUUGCCUCUUCCUGAUCCAUAUUUGGACUCACUGGAUACAACAUCUUUUAUUUUGGAUCAAGAAGCACAGCGUCGAGAACGAGAUAGAGAUACAGAUGGUGACAGUGGUAAUAGCGGUGACUUCACACGUCUUGAAACUAGACUUUAAUAUGUACUAUGUAUAUAUGCUGUAAAUUAUUGCUGAUGCAUUUUAACUGCUGUUGUUUUAUUAAUGUUUGACUAAAAAAAAAAACACUCAAGGUAAAAAUAAUGUGUUUAAUGUGUAGUGUCUAGUCCUGAAUAGCAUUUAAUAUUUAAAAUAGAAGUUGUUAAAGGAGUAGAAGUAACAUAUUUGUAUAGGUCCUCGAUGAUAUAGUUGUCCUCGAUGAUAUAGUUGUCCCAAGAUUCAAUACUUCGAAAAGAUUCCCAAUUUAGAUUUACUUACGGGUAAGCAAAGCAAGCGUUUAAAUAAGAUGUUUGCAAUGUAAGUGGUAUGUGAUAAGCCUAGUGGGCUUUGCGUCAUUAUACCUUUCUAUUCUAAGUAAAGUUCAGUAUGUAUUUUGCUUAAAUCAAUAUGAUUAAAACUAAAUAAAAUAUUACUAUAGACAUUUCUUAAUCUUAGGGUGGUACCCCGACUAGCUAAAUCUCUAUAGUCAAAUAUGGGUUUGUCCCUAUUGUUGCAGUAAUCUUUUAGCAGAUUGUGAAUAUAAAUACUUAAAAUUUAGGUUAUCAGAAGUCAUAGCAGAAAUGGACAUUCCACCUUAUUAAGUAGUAUUUGUCUUAUUAUAAAAAAACUAAACAAUGUAAUUGUAUAUAUUUGUAUAUGUAGGAAUUAUUUGUAUAUGGUUGUGAAUUUGUAGACUAUAUACAUACCAGCUUGUAUACAUGCCACUAAAAGAAAGGUAGAAUUUCAUUUGUAUUUUAUAGAAUACCUUGUUGUGACCAGAAAUGAUUUUAGAAUUAAUACUAGCUACCCCUUUUUAAGCUGAAUUUCUCUGUAUUCACAGUGCACAUUAUUUGCCAAGAUCAAUGCAAAAUCCAUUCCUCUGUUUGCUGUUAAAUGGGAUCAGCCAGUAAAAUGGAAGAUGUUCUAUCCUUUCUCUUCUAUUUUACUGUCAACUAGAACAUUCCAUUUCUGCAUUUUAAAAUAAAAAAUCCCAACCUUUGAAAGUGGCAGCUUAUAAAAGUGGUUUGAAGUCUUAAUGUAGUUGUGGUAUUACUGUAAUAUCCCAACAAUACUUAUACCUUGACAAUUUGUUUCCUUAUGUGAUAUACAUGAACAUUUUGAAAUUGUGUUGGUUUGGAAACCAAAGAAGUUCUAGGCCCUAUCAUGUUAACAAUUAAUUGUUUAUUUCUUGAAUGUUCAGUGGCUUAUUUCCAUGUCUUAUUUCCAUGUCCGACAAAUAAAUGUAUCGGCUUUGUAAUGGAACCAAUAUUGCCAUAUUUAUUAAACUAAAAAUCUCAAAUAAUUUAGUUAAGUUUGAGUAAUUCUUAAAUUCUAAAACGAAGUGUUCAAUUUGUCUGAGUCCCAGCAUUGCAAAAUUUACCAUUUUAUAUCACUAUGCUUCACUGAAAACACAACUUUAAUGGAGGGGACUGUGUGGUGACAUUGUUGCUGUCUUGCUUUAUAUUUAUAAUCAAGUCUCUGUUAUAUUAUUUACCAUUGCCAAAAGACAUUAUUGGCCCCCUCCCCUUUGUGGCAGCAUGUACAUUGGUUAAAUAUUAUAUCAUUUUCCACACAUUAAUUAUUAUCAUUUUAAGUCUUUAUUUUCUUUUAACAGUUUUAAAGUAGUAAGUAUGUAUUUCUAUAAUGUUGAAUCAUAGCCCAUUCAUGAUUUUCGUAUAUUUCCAUGAAUUAGGUCAAAAUUUGUGAGGCCUAAUCAUAUAUGUUGUUGUAAUAUUUAUUUUAGAUUAGUUGUUGUUUAUUAUAGAGUUUAUUGUAGUGUUUGUUAGUGAUCAUUGUAGUGUUAUAUUUAUUAUGGUUGUUAUUUAUAUUAUUUAUAUGGAUGUGUGUAUGGUCAUUGUUGUUAUUAUUAUUAUGUUAAAUAUCACUGUAUAUACACCAUUUAUGAGAAAGUAUAAUAGAACAAAUUUUAUUAAUAUCUAAUUAUUAUUAAAAUGUUAUUGUUAUUAUUUGUUUCUGAUACUAUUAUAAAAUAUGUUGCGAUCAUUAUUUAGAUUAUGCAUACAAAGUGGUGAUAUCUUUAAUCCAUUCACAUGGUACAUCUAGAUCAUAUCUUUCACAAAAUAAAGCAUUUUAUCUUAACCAGAUGCCCUCAGUAGGAAGACUAGACCCACCUCUACAUGAAAUGGGGUUAUAACUUCCUACCUUUCUGCACCACAAGGGCAUGAUAAUGGACCAUGCUGUGUACUAUGAUGGAAAUUUUGCCCAGACAGUGGAGUUUCAGUCUACUUUUCCAGGGUUAUUUUAUGUGCACACGAUGCACAUGAAAGGCAUCUCGGUUGUUGGCCCGAUCCUUGUUAGUGGGCCAGCACCUUACUCACUUAGUCACUGUGGCUGCCCAUAUGUAGACCUAAGACGAAAAACCACCAAUAUUUUGGUCUGGGAAAAAAAUUAGAAUUACACAAAUUGGCAAUUAAUAAUCAGUUAAGUUUUUGGUGAAUGAUACAGAUGAAUAAAUAUUGAAAAAUUAAGAAUGUUGUGGUUAAAUUCAUUCAUUAAAUAUUAAAGUAUAUUACUAUAAAGAUGUGCACUUAUUAUCAAUGUACAUGUAUACUGACACUUUUAUAUUGAAUAAAAUCUUACAUUAUGCACAAAC